AUGGUCGUCGCUGCCCCCGUAUUCGACAAGUCGGAGCCCAAGGCGGACAAGCUGUUCCCAUACCACCUGCCCAACUCGCCGGAAUGGGACGAGUACAAUGACUGGUACUCGCAGACCGCCAUGACCUCUGCCGCCGCCGGCAUGUUUAUCAAGCAGCCCCUCAUCGUGUGGGGUGCGUUUGCCCUGGCGGUGUUUGGGUAUGUGAACCAGCAGCCGCUGCGCCAGGCCAAGGACGCAACGUCGCCGAUACUCGUUCUGGGGAUGGCGCUCGCUGGGGUGUUUGGGAGUGUGCUGCCCAAGAUGAUGCUUGCGCCGGCGCCGGCCCAGACUGCGUUGUAG